CUUUAUUCAUACAUAUAAAAAUUUAGUUCCCACAACUAGUAAACGUAUCUUCCCUUUUCCCUCAGACUCAUCUUCCAUACCAUCCAAAAGUUCAAAAACUCCAUCACUUCUCCAUAAUUCAUUAAGCAAAUAGAAAGUUUUUUCAAGCAAAUAUGAAAAUCACAAUAAUGGAAGGUGGAGAAGUGAGUGAAUUAGGUGGUCCAGAAGAUCAAUUAGUUGAAGAAAAAAUAAAUUACUAUGGCUAUGGUUUUAUAUUUUCUCUUGGAAUCCUUAUAAUCCUCAUAGUCAUAACCUAUGCUUCUUACUUAUGCAUCCGAAUGCGAUCUCGAAAUAAUCCAACCACCACUACCACAACAACAACUGAAAGUGGACUGAUUUUUAUUCAACAAGGUCUUGAUGAAGCCACUUUGAGGGGCUAUCCAAAGUUACUAUAUGCACAAGUCAAGGCUAACAGAGGGGAGUAUGCAUCUUCUUCUGGAUGUACUAUUUGCUUGGCUGAUUAUAAAGACAAUGAUAUGCUUAGGCUAUUGCCUCAUUGUGGCCAUCUUUUUCAUCUCAUGUGUAUUGACACUUGGCUUAGGCUUCAUCCCACUUGCCCUAUUUGUAGAAAUUCUCCACUCCCAUCUCCUUCGGUUGAGGAAAAUUUGAGUCCAUUGCUCCUCAUCAGCAAAUUCAAGAAGAUAGGGAUCUCUUUUCAUUUUUGUUAAAUUUUUUUUAUGACGAUUAUGCAUUCGGAUCAGUUUAUGUGCACCUCAACUAGUCCACUGUGAAGCUGCCACGUUCCAGUACAGAUUUAGUAAGUAUUUCCACAAAUGUACAAAUAUAGUAAGUCCUUAAUAUACAAAUAGAGUAAGUCCUUAAAGUACUACACACUUUAAGUUACUUUAAAUGUACAAAUAUAGUAAGUCCUACAAAAUGGAACUUUUGCAAAAUUCUAAUGUUAACAUUGAUCUUCGUCAGUUUUGUUU